CUCAGUCUGGAGUGGCGCGGCUGUAGCAGCAGAAUAUUUGGGCUGUAAACAGAGACACAGUGCUGUUGUCUCGAUGCGAAACGUGGGCUUUUAGGAGACGGUGAGUGAUUCGAGGAGGAUUUUAUUGCAGAGAGAGGCUCGUCUCAUCAGUGGAAGCUGCAGUGAAAGGUCCUCAUAUUGCAACUAUGUGUGGACGGAGCAGGACGGCCUUUCUGUGUCUGUGGGCUUGCUUGCUUGUCGCCAACAGCGUACUGGGUGGGAAGAGCUCUGGGCAGAACGGCAUGACAGAUGAACAGAAAGAUAACACUACAGUGUUCACCAAGAUCUUAGACAGCCUUCUGGAUGGCUAUGACAAUCGCCUCAGGCCAGGACUUGGAGAGCGUGUAACUGAAGUCAAGACUGACAUUUUCGUGACUAGUAUUGGGCCAGUUUCGGACCAUGACAUGGAGUACACCAUUGAUGUCUUCUUCAGACAGAGCUGGAAGGAUGAAAGACUAAAGUUCAAAGGCCCCAUGGCCGUGCUGCGUCUCAACAACCUGAUGGCCAGCAAGAUCUGGACUCCUGAUACCUUCUUCCACAAUGGCAAGAAGUCGGUGGCCCACAACAUGACCAUGCCAAACAAGCUGCUGCGAAUUACAGAGGAAGGCACGCUGCUGUAUACCAUGAGGCUUACAGUGAGAGCAGAAUGCCCCAUGCACCUGGAAGACUUCCCUAUGGAUGCCCAUGCUUGUCCACUGAAGUUUGGCAGCUAUGCCUACACUCGAGCGGAAGUGGUGUACGUGUGGACCAGAGGGGCUGCCCAGUCUGUGGUGGUGGCAGAGGAUGGCUCCAGAUUAAACCAGUAUGAUCUGAUGGGGCAGAGUGUGGAUUCCGGUGUGGUGCAGUCCAGCACAGGAGAGUACGUUGUGAUGACAACCCACUUCCACCUGAAGAGGAAAAUCGGUUACUUUGUGAUCCAGACAUAUUUACCUUGCAUCAUGACUGUCAUCCUCUCCCAAGUGUCUUUCUGGCUCAACAGAGAGUCCGUCCCUGCCAGGACUGUCUUUGGAGUGACCACUGUCCUGACCAUGACCACACUCAGUAUCAGUGCCAGGAACUCUCUCCCUAAAGUGGCCUACGCCACAGCUAUGGAUUGGUUCAUCGCUGUCUGCUAUGCAUUCGUCUUCUCCGCCCUGAUUGAGUUUGCUACAGUCAACUACUUCACCAAGAGGGGUUACGCCUGGGAUGGAAAAAGUGUGGUACCAGAGAAGCAAAAGAAGAAGAAGGAGUCCCUCCUCAAGAAGAACAACACUACAGCCUACCCAGCUGCCACUGCUACAGCCUUCGCCCCCAAUAUUGCCAGGGACCCUGGAUUGGCCACUAUUGCCAAAAGCGCACCACCACCCCCAACUGAGCCCAAGGAGGAGCCAAAGCCCAAGCCUCCAGAGGCCAAGAAAACCUUUAACAGUGUGAGCAAGAUAGACAGGAUUGCCAGAAUAGCCUUCCCUCUGCUCUUUGGAACCUUUAACCUGGUCUACUGGGCAACCUACUUGAAUAAGAAGCCCAAACUGCAGGGGGUCAAUCCACACUAAUCCAUGUUUCAUUCCUUUUAAAUUAUACCUGUAAUUAUUUCAUUUUCUUUCUUAUUCCUCCUUAGAAAAAAAAGAAGAAAAAAAGGUGUUUAUUUUCAGACAAACAUGGUGUCCAUGCUGGUUUGAAUUCCCAGUUGUUGCAUUGCUUCUAUGUUUACCUAAAUUUUGAAGAUUUUGAAAAAACUAAAUAGAGAAAAAAAGAACGAUAACAAUAUGGACUUUUGGAAGGGUGUUGUUCAGGUCUGGGAUGAUGCUAUUAAGAAAAUGCUAAUAUAAAUAUAUAGCCAAGAGAAUGCUAUUCUACAACUGCACAUAGCCCAAACUUGUUAAGGGGCUUUUGUUUCUAUGUUUGCUUUCUUGUUUUUAUUUAUUUGGUUUUUUUUAAUUUUUUUAAUUUUAUUAUAUUUUAUUCAAACAUGGUAUCACAGACACGGUAAAAGGCACUUGUGUAUAUGCAUGGGCAAGACAUCUUAUUAUUUAUGUUUAUUUAUUUAAAAAAAAAAAAAAACAGAUCAACAUUGACUGAUGGCUUAGUUCAUUUGAUAUCAUCAGCAAAAUGCUAAACGCUCAGUCUCUGUCAAAAUAUGUUCCAUUCUCUGUAGAUGUUUUAUGAGAUUAAUUAUGUCAUUCUUCAAAAUAUGUUAGGGUUUCUGCAAUAGCAAUAAAACAUGUCUCAGUGGACACACCAUUUAUUUAGGGGUCAAAAAAAAUAUACAAAAAUCCAAUCAUCUCUGUGCUCAGCAUUGAAAAUAUUAAUUUCCUUUCACAGCAUUGUAAAUAUUAUCAAGUGUUAGAGAUGUCAAUAUUAUGUUUAAGCUUUGCAAAAUGUAACUAAAAGGGUAUGUUUAUUGAAUACAUGGAAAAGUAAACUUUUUUUCCAUUUAUUUUUGUUUUUGUUUAUGAUACUUUCUACAAAAAGAGUAUAUACUGGUCUAAUUCACGCUUAAGUGACUGUUUCUCACCAAGUUAGCAUUCCAUUCAAAGCUGCUUUCACAACGAAGUCAAAAUAUUGUUUAAUUGUGUGUUUGUGUACACACUGACGGCAACAACAGCAACAACAACAACAACAUCAACCGUGUAAACUGAGAUUGACUAGUUAUGAGUAAGAAUGUAAAAAAAAAAAAAAAAAAUCAUCU